CUUCAUAGGAACUGAGUCUAAGAUGAAGUUAUGGGAUGUUUUGGCCACGUGUUUGUUGCUCCUGAGCUCCGUCUCCACACGCCCCCUUUACCAAAACCUUCAGCCUGCCAAACGAGCUCACUACUCGGAUUGGCAUAGUGAUUCUCUGUCCCCGUCUGUGGAGGAACCAGAGCCAGAGUUCCAGUCAGAGUCUCACAGUCUGCAAGAGAUUUCCAUGGAAGAAAAAUAUGACAUCACAGGCCCAUAUCCGGACCAGUUUGAGGAUGUAAUGGAUUUUAUCAAGGCUACCAUUGGCAGACUGAGAAGAUCAUCAGAGCCCGCCGGCGGCUCAAGGGGAAGGAGGGAGCAGAGAGAGCAGGGGAGACAGAGAGGAGCAGCAAACAUAGACCGAAGAAGGGGUGGGAGAGGAGGGCGUGGGGAGAAGAAGGGUCGGGGGCGAGGGGGCAAAGGGAGGAGCAGUGAAAGAGGGGAGCAGCGGAUGAAGCCCGUUGAAGGCCGUGGCUGCUUGCUAAAAGAGGUCCAUCUCAACGUCACAGACUUAGGGUUGGGCUACCGGACCAAAGAGGAGCUGAUCUUCCGGUACUGCAGCGGCCCUUGUUCAGAUGCAGAGACCAACUAUGACAAGAUCCUCAACAACCUCACCCACAACAAGAAGCUGGUCAAGGACACACCCUCCCGCACCUGCUGUCGACCAAUCACGUUUGACGAUGAUCUGUCAUUCCUGGAUGACAACAACGAGGACUACCACAUUCUGCGGAAGCAUUCCGCCCGCAAAUGUGGCUGUGUCUGACUCUGGGAGAGACGAAUGAAAGAAAGGCUGACAGACAGACAGAAAGGAGAAGGAGCAGUAACAUAAAGCCUCUCAGAGGCUGGUACUGCCUCUUGGAAUGAAGGAACACAUGGGAAAAGAAGGGAACAUGAGACGGAUACUGUCCACUCCAGUGGUGUCUUAGGAACCAUGGACAGUAUUAGCAUGUCCUGUGUCCCACUCCAGAGAGGCUGCUGUGGGGUGAACAGGGAUGGUGUGGUCCCCAAACCUCCAGUAAUUAGGCUAAUUUAGAGCCCAGAUCAGGUCACAGUGGAGAAGGGACUCCUCUAUGCUAUAAUUACAUAGAAUUUUAAUUACUUAGAAAUUCAGCGUAACGGUCUUUAAAAGAGACGUUGUCAAUUCAGCUCAGUAUUCACUUCAUGAUUGGAUCACGUUCUUGGACGCCUACAGGGGAUACGCUCUCAUUUCCCUGUGGAACCAUGCUGUUACACUCACAGGCUUGCCUGCAAUGGAGCUGCUGAGACGGAAUCAGAGGAAUUCAGGAUAUUGUUCCUCAAAAACGUCUGUUUUUCCGUAGUCGGAUCAUGAGGCAUACAGUGAGAGCAGAACUCUUCUUGACAAGUAUUUCCAGCUGCAGUCCAGAGUGUUCUGGUUUCACUGCACAGACUGGAGCUUAACGUUUACAUUCACAAUGAACGAGGGAACCUGUUGACUGGUUUAGUCCUAUAGCAAAGAGACAGUCUGGUACGACACAUCGAUGUAAAAUCCAAUUUAUUUACAAUAUAUAUAUAUACACACAAGAUGUAUUUAUUAAGAUUGAAUUAACUUAUUGUUAUUUAUUGCAGUCCAUUUUAUGAAAGAAAUGUUUGUUUUUCUUAUUUAUUUGAGCUCUGUUUUGUCCCGGAUGGUACCAAUGUGGAGCAUGUGUUUUCUAAGUAGAAUCAGAUUGUGCUGAAACAACCGGAUUCAAGGUGCAGCCAUAACUAAUCAAACUCAUCCUUCAGUUUCAAAAUUCUGUACAAAGUCUGUAAUCCAUGGUAGUUCAUCCUAAACCCACUGCCGAUUCCAAAACAUCAUAGAUUUAUGAGAAUAACAGAAGCUAUCGAUUUAGAGAGGGGGCGCAGAAAGGAAGAGACAGGGUGGAGCGGACCAAUUCCAACCUUUUUCAAAACUUACAAAUCUUAUCUCUGCUUUCGAUCCUUUUGAAUGAUGCCAGGUUUGAGCGUCUUUGACAGUGUUCCUCAUUUGUCACUAAUGGAAAGCAGAGAGGGCUGAGCAGCCUGGGACGUUAGGGGCUGAGGGCCUGGGAGACACCAGUCAGCUGCUCCUCACUCCUCACGCUAACCAAGUAGAUGGGUAAACAAGACUACUGCCAAAAUCAUGGCAUGCCAUUAUCGGUUUACAAAGGAACAUACAAAGCCUGCAUUCAUUGUUUAUUUUCUAGGCAUAAAGUCGUACUGCCAGUGGUUAUCCCGGAGCGCUGCGUAGCUUUCUUUACAAUGAUACUCUCCACAUUAUUUCAAGACAUCCUCUUUUUUUAUAGACGAAUAACAAAAUGACCUCAUUGCUAGAGAAGUGGUGCAGGACAGGUUGGAUAUGGCCAGCCUUCAGGCCCACUGCUUUCAAUUCACUUACAUUCUCUUUCUAUCACACCAUUUGCAAAGUAAUGUGUUACUAAACUCUUUACAAAAUGCUACAUAACAGCUAGCCAGGAGUGAUGGUAGCACAGAAAAUCUCUGAUAUCAUAGAAGCAGUCAGUAAAAACCUUGACGCUUGACUGUGGAAAAGGGACCCACUGACCUUUGGCCAUCACAGUGCAGUGCAGAAGGUGAUGGUAUGCAUGUACACUUGGCUGCCAGGGUCUGUUACCCUCAACCCUUCAGUCUGGUCCUGGCUCUACACCAAGUCUGGGCAAAAACCUCGUAGUGGUUACUGUCCCAGUAGGCUUUAUCGUUCUGUGGUCUCUGCUUUGACAGGCAUACAGGUUUUUCUUACUGAUCUGGGGUUUGUUUGAAAACAAUCCUCUAACAUGCAGCUUAGCCCACUACUCCCACUGGAACACCAGUGCUUAAGACCAUUUAAGGGCGAUCUAGGCUCUGCCUCUCUUAGCCAAAUCGACAUGCACUCCCCUACAAAUUUAUUUGGACAGUGAAGCUUAAACUUUUCAUUUGGGUCUAUACUCCAGCAUUUUCACUUUGAGAUCAAAUACUUCAUAUGAGGUGACGGAAUGUCACCUUUUAUUUUAGGGUAUUUUCCAACAUUCUGUUUAUCUGUUUAAAAAUGUAAGCUCUAUGAAUCUAGUCCCCCCAUUUGAAGGUGUCAAAUAUUUGUACAGAAUCACACACGUGUAUUAAAGUGGUCAGAAAUGUUGUAUUUGGUCCCAUAUUCCUAGCACACAAUGAUAAAGUUAGAGAUAUGAAGGUCAUACCUCCAAGACAUGCUGACCUCUCAUCUUUACCAUAAUCCAUAAUCAUUGCUAGGAACCACAUUAAUGCAGAAGUGUUCCCGAAACACAUUAUAUUCUUAUUUACAAUAAAAGUGACUCCAAAAUUACACAAUACAUGAUUUACUAUUGGGAAAAACAUCAUCCGUAACAUAACCAAAACAAACUGCAAAUGCAUCCAACAACUUUGUAGAGUCACAGGCUUGAUAGGAAUAUGGGAACAAAUACUACACUUUUGACUACUUUAAUACACGACAAGUGAAAAUAUACAGAAUAUCACAAAAGUGAGCACACCCCUCACAGUUUUGUAAAUAUUUGAGUAUAUCUUUUCAUGUGACAACACUGAAGAAAUGACACUUUGCUACAAUGUAAAGUAGUGAGUGUACAGCUUGUAUAACAGUGUAAAUUUGCUGUCCCCUCAAAAUAACUCAACACACAGCCAUUAAUGUCUAAACCGCUGGCAACAAAAGUGAGUACACCCCUAGGUGAAAAUGUCCAAAUUGGGCCCAAAGUGUCAAUAUUUUGUGUGGCCACCAUCAUUUUCCAGCACUGCCUUAACCCUCUUGGGCAUGGAGUUCACCAGAGCUUCAACAAGUUGCCACUGGAGUCCUCUUCCACGACGACAUCACAGAGCUGGUGGGUGUUAGAGACCUUGCACUCCUCCACCUUCCGUUUGACGAUGCCCCACAGAUGCUCAAUAGGGUUUAGGUCUGGAGACAUGCUUGGCCAGUCCAUCACCUUUACCCUCAGCUUCUUUAGCAAGGCAGUGGUCGUCUUGGAGUUGUGUUUGGGGUUGUUAUCAUGUUGGAAUACUGCCCUGCGGCCCAGUCUCCGAAGGGAGGGGAUUGUGCUCUGCUUCAGUAUGUCACAGUACAUGUUGGCAUUCACGGUUCCCUCAAUGAACUGGAGCUCCCCAGUGCCGGCAGCACUCAUGCAGCCCCAGACCAUGACACUCCCACCACCAUGCUUGACUGUAGGUAAGACACACUUGUCUUUGUACUCCUCACCUGGUUGCCG